ACUCAUCACAUCAGUGUUUACAAUGGAGGAGAACUUAGCUUUAAAAGUAAUUUUACAGCCAACCGUUCACUUCAGUGACGAAGAAGAGCCUUAUCCACUACCUAAAGACAAGAGCCUAACAUUCUCACAGUAUCCCCAGACAGGACUAGAAGUGAAGAGAAGAAUACAAGACAAAUUUCACAUACCACUGUGUCUACAAACAAUUUAUUUUAAUUCAUUUGUACUCGAGGACAACCAGGAACUGAGAAACAUACACUUUAGAGACGGGGACACCCUCACAGUAUCCUACACUACUCAUGGCGACCUGGCUACUGUCCAGGACACACUAAAAUCAAUGAAACAGAUGCUGUUGACACUAACUCAUAUGUCUAAUGUUCUAAUCACCAACAAAAUGACUCCUGCAAUUGAAAGAAUGCUAGAUGACAAUCUCAAUCCAUUUGUCAUUAAGAAUCUUAUCGAAACUCAUUUAGUGAGGAUGCCACGAGAAAAAGCAGAAGCUAAUCAUCUUUAUUUUGUAUGCAAUGGUGGACUGCGAUUAGGACUUAAAAUACAUAAGAUACUAAGCAGCAUACCUUGGGAGAAGCACAUUCUCACCACACAAAUGCUUGAACAUCACAUACUAAACCUGCUAUUUUAUCUCUCUUCUAAAUAUGGUGUAAGGAUUCUGAUGAAACAGCAUCCCGGGAUUAUAAGCCAGCUAAGCAAGUCUGUACUACGUGUUCAGAUAACACCUCAUAAAGCUAUACUCUCCUCACCUCUGGAUAAAGUGAGCGCCACUUAUGGGAAUGCUCUACUAACAGAGACAAUGUACCAAGGAAUGAAUGUAAUUGUGAAUCUCUCUGAGUUGACAGAAUGUCAGAUUGAGAUAGUACAAACACCAGAACUAAUUGAACAGUUAGCAUUCUCAAUGCUCUCACCCUCUUAUUCCAUCAUAUGUCCUCAAACUGUCAUAUCAACGUUCCUAUGUCUUAGCUACUCGCCCCAGACCCACAACUACCUCACAGCUCCAGUCAUAACUCACACCAUAUUUGAGGUCUGCAAGAAGAUAGCACAAGAAUGGUCAUCAAGCAAUAGUCGCUAUGCACUGACCCAAGGGAGUAUCAUUAUAGUAAAAUAUUUCAUUACACUCUUCUUUGCAUUUGUUGGUACAGCCUCUGAGACAGGCCCUCGUAGACUAGAGCCGUUCCUUCCUGACAUUGUGUCACUAAUGCACAAGUUCUUACGUUGCACUACACCUAAGCAGGUCCACCAGUCUGAGGUAGAAUCAGGAUAUUUUGAGUCAACCUUCAAGCCUUACGUGUCGCUUUGCUAUUUCGAUUACAACAGGAAAAUCUCUAGUCCUCUCUGCAAAGAAUUACCUCUACUACCGGGGUUUUAUCAAACGUGUAUUCGUGCUGGUAUAUUUAGCCUUCAAACUAUGUCAUAUACUGACGAUUUCAAAGAAAUUGUGGAGAAUGAAGGACUCCAUGAUUACUUAAUGUGUCUUCCUUGGUACAUGAGAGAUGAUGAGCUAAGAGAAGAGGCUGAAGUUUUGUAUAGAUUGGUACAGGCUAAGAUAAAGACAUCAUGUCCUCCUACACUAGUUAACCUAAUAAAAGGAUAUCUAGCAACCAAUGCUGGCUUUACACUACAAGAACUAAUGUCACCUUCCUUCAUUGAGACACUCGAUCAAAGAUUAACUUAUAAUUAAGCUUGUACAAUUUUUAUAAUAAUUUGUAUAACAUUUUAAAAAUUAUUGAUUGGAAGCUUUAGUCAAACAAAUACA